UUAAACAAGUGUCAAGAAGCAGCUGAAUUGGCAUUGAAGGACAACAAACAGCUGAUAGAAUUUGAAUUUCCAACUGCUGGAUUGGGUUCUGUACCAGGUGACGGUGAGGGUGGAACAGAAAUGACUGGAAGUAUGCAACUAAUUCGUGAGUUCUGUGAUCUCUUGGUUAUACCGGAGAAAGCCACACAGACCAGAAUUUUUUUACCGGAGGCAAAUGAAGUGAAAUUUGCAAGACAAUCAACUCCCUUAGGAGCAUAUUUUAAGUUGGACUAUUUGACACAGCCUUCUUUUUUCGAGGAUUUCGGUUUCACCGGGAAGGUCAACAUGGCUGACUGUGUCAAGCCAGCAGAUGAACUAUUUGUAGUCACCUAUCCAUAUUUUAAUGUCUCCGAGAUGCUUGUCGUGGAAGAGUCAAACACUUCCAGGAAACUGAUUAUAUUUAACGGAGAGCUUGAUCGAAUAAGAUCUGGUUAUUAUCCGUCAUUCUUCUACCCAAAGCUGGCUGCAGUUUCCAAGACUCUUUUCCCUAAGAUGGAGACAGUAUAUCAUAUUCACAAUAAAUGACGAAAUGGAGGAGUCCUGUUUAGGUGCUACCCUGGUCCUUGGAAAGUUUUCCGAAGAGUAGGAAAUACUUAUGUCUGCCCGCAUCAACAGGAGUCAAUGCCAUCCUUGAAAGAAGUUGCUUUGGACAGCCUUCCAUCGGCUUGAUUGUUUUUUUUAUUAAAUUACAUGGUGAGAGUGUUCAGUUUGACUUCUUUCUCCUGUAAUUUGAAGGAAG